GGGGAUCCACGGCGGCUUCCUGACGCUCGCCUUGAGGAAGUCUGAAAAGUUGCCUGCUUAACAACUUUUUUUUUAUUUUUAUUUUUUUAUAAAUAAAUCCGGUACACUGACACUGACUCGUGAUGUCUGGCGAUAACAGAGAAGGACAAGAGGCUAUGAAUAUGUACUCUGUAACCCUCAACGGCCCGGCGCCUUGGGGCUUCAGGCUGCAGGGUGGCAAGGACUUCAGCAUGCCUCUCACCGUGUCAAGGCUGACGCCGGGUGGAAAGGCAGCUCAAGCUGGCAUCGGGGUGGGAGACUGGGUGGUGUCCAUCAGUGACGCCAACGCAGAGGACAUGACCCACGUGGAGGCACAGAACAAGAUCAGAGCAGCGUCGGACUCCCUCACCCUCACUCUCAGCAGAGCUUUCAAGGCGGGUGGAGACCAGAAGGACUCGCUCGCCACAGCUUCCGUUCCGCCAAAGUACUCCUUUGCCCCGAGCACGACCAUUAACAAGAUGGCGAGGCCAUUUACAGCAGGUGGUGCUAGUGCCAACUCAGGACCUGCUAUUAAACCUGUGGCCUACUCGCCCAAACUCAACACCCCACGCUCACAGGGCCAUGCCAGUACACAUCAGCCACAGAAUGGCCUUGAGCCAACUCCCUCACCUGCCAAGGCCCAAGCAGCAAAUAAACCAGAUGGAUCCAAGACUGCAGCUGCUGCACCGAGCAGUUCUGCUCCUUCCUGCCGCCCACCGUGGGUCACAGACAGUAAUUUUGCUGACCGCUUUAGCCCGGACAAGACCAGCACCGUCGUGACCCAGCACCAGAAGCCAGCCCAGCCGACACCUAUGGAGAACCGCAGCUCUAUCUUGCAGGCUGCGCAGCAGGCACCCGAAGACAGCGGGAGGACCCCCAUAUGUGGUGCCUGCAACAAAAUCAUCAGGGGUCGGUACCUGGUGGCGCUGGGACGAUCUUGGCACCCAGAGGAGUUUACAUGCUCACAGUGUAAGGCAGUCCUGGAGGAGGGGGGCUUCUUUGAAGAAAGGGGAGUCGUCUAUUGUACCAAGUGCCACGAUAACAGAUACGCUCCUAACUGUGCCAAGUGCAAAAAGAAGAUCACAGGGGAAAUCAUGCAUGCACUGAAGAUGACUUACCAUGUUCAGUGUUUCAAGUGCGCAGCCUGCAAGACUCCUAUCAGGAAUCAGGCCUUUUACAUGGAGGAGGGUGAACCCUACUGUGAGAGAGACUAUGAGAAGAUGUUUGGCACCAAAUGCCAUGGCUGUGACUUCAAGAUUGAUGCUGGGGAUCGGUUCCUGGAGGCCUUGGGCUACAGCUGGCACGAUACGUGCUUCGUCUGUGCUCUCUGCCAAAUCAACCUGGAGGGGAAGACGUUCUACUCGAAGAAGGAUAAGCCCCUGUGCAAAGGCCAUGCUUUUGCUCCAGUGUGAGAGAGCGAGGUACACCCUCAGAAGAAGGAGCCCUUCUCUCUCCCUCCUCUUCACCCCCUGACACAUCCGUAGAUGCACCACAUCCCUUCUUUGCCAACCACACACCUAGUUAAACUAAGUCCUUUCUUUCUGUGCUGCAGACUUUGUUUUUGUUCUUGCGGCUUAAUGCUGUUAGGAGACUUCACAUGUCACCGCCUCUAAUGCCAAAUGCUGUAUUGUGUAACUGGAAGUAGUCAAGGAAUUAUGUCAUGUCACUGCUAACUUUUUGACUUCCAAGUUGUUUUUAGGUCACUAAAAAAAAAAAAAAAUGCCACUGCAGGUCAUGCAGAUUUGUAGCUGUUAGUGAAGUAAUCUCCCGCCUCUAUUCUCCCCGUCCACGUUAAUUCAAGUCACUAACUUGAAGGAGUCAUUGAGCCUCUAAUAAUCUCACAUAUUGCAGUAAUGAUCAACCACUUCUCUCGCACUAAGUGUGGUGAAGUGCCAGCCCCAUACAGGACCCCGGCCCACUCAUCGGCUCUUGCCGCAGUGCCCUUUAAUGUAAUGGGGGGCCAGUCGAGCAGAAAAGGAGGUGUCCAUUUCUGCUUGACUGGAUCUCCUCCACAGAAUCACUAACUACUUAUUACUUUGACUCUGGCAAGUCAGAGCACAUACUCCAGCUUUAAGAGGCAUUUUGAAUCAUGUAGUAAUUAAUCUGCUUUCAAUCAUCAUACAUGUGGCUGAUGGAGAACAUACAAGUUUUUUUUAUUUUUUUUAAUGUUUCACAUUCCUUUGAUUUGACUUUUUUUUUUUUUUUUUUUUUUUUUUUAAUUAAUGCGAGACAAAAUAAGUCCUGGCACACGUGUUCCCCGUGUUACUGUGAUAUUAUUCCUUAGAGUACUUUCAAGCCCUUGUUGAACCUGUAUUUAUAUUGCUUCAGAACUGGCCU